AAACAUCUCUCUAGAUUUGUCCCCAAGCUAAAAAAAAAAUAAAACAUCUCUCUAGAUUCUUCUCAAAAUCAGCUUUCCGUCUCCAAAGGAUCCUCUUUUGUUCUCAGUUUCCCGCACCGGUAAAUUCCUUUGUGGCCGCCUACUUCAAUUUUUCUCUGACUUGCAGAUUUGUUAAGAUACUAUUAGGGUUUCAUGGGAGAUCAAGACACUAAUCAGGGCUCCAGCAGCAACAAUGCGUCGGUGAAAACGCCAGAAUCAACUCUUGAACUGAACGUCAAGACGUUAGAUUCACGGACGUAUACGUUCAAAGUUAACCAGAAUGAAACAGUUUCGGUUUUCAAAGGGAAAAUAGCUAGUGAGACAGGUGUUCCUGUUGCUCAGCAGAGGCUCAUUUUCCGGGGACGGGUUUUAAAAGAUGAUCACCCUCUCUCUGAGUAUCAUUUGGAAAAUGGGCAUACUUUGCACUUGGUCGUGAGGCAGCCAGCAGAACCUAUGCCAUCUUCUGGUACUCCUUCAGAAGGAGCAACUGCAAAUGAUGGAAAUGGUACAAAUGGUGGUCCACCUCGAGGUCGUGGACACAUCUCCCACAGCGUAGUCCUUGGGACUUUUAAUUCUCCAGAUCAGACUGAAGGCAUGGUUCCAGAUAUCAGCCGGGUUAUUGGAGCAGUUCUAAAUUCUUUUGGUGUUGGUGGGCAGAACCCUCACGGUAUUAAUGUCACGCAGCCGUCUAUGCCCUCCAAUUUGUCUGGCCAGUCUCCGCCUGGAAAUACAUCUGGUGGAACGCCUGCCACCGGUGGUCAAAGCCAAGGGCCGGAGGUACCUAGGCCAGCAUUUACUAGUGCAACAUUUCGAUCAUCUAUGCCUCAUGUAGUGCAGAUUCCUGUUACAGCAGCUACAGCAAUUCCUAUUCCUACAUUUCAGACGCCUAUCCCGGAUUCGUUAGACACUAUCAUGGAGUUCAUUAAUCGGAUGGAACAAGCAUUAUCACGAAACGAUUUUCCUCCAGGCACUCAGCCAGAUACCUCCCCUGCUACAUCAGAAGGUCGGCCCAGGGAAGAGUUGCCUAGAAAUAGACACGGUCCAUCAACGCCUGAAGCACUGGCCAUUGUCCUGAGGAAUUCACAGCGUCUACUAAGUGGUCCAGCCAUCUCUUCGCUAUCGCAUAUUGCAGGACGUCUAGAGCAGGAUGGAUCCUCUUCAGAUCCUGCUGUCAGGGCACAAAUCCAGUCAGAGGCAGUGCAGGCAGGUCUUGCUAUGCAACAUUUAGGGGCCCUCCUACUGGAGCUUGGGCGUACACUUCUGACAUUGAGAAUGGCACAGUCUCAGGAAUUAUCGUAUGUGAACGCUGGCCCUGCUGUAUACAUAUCUCCGUCAGGACCGAAUCCUAUUAUGGUUCAGCCUUUCCCGCAUCAAAUCAGCCCACUCUUUACUGGUGCCGCUGGCUCAGCAAAUCCAGUAGCCGGACAAGGUGGUUUAGGAACUCAUCCAAGGCACAUUAACAUUCACAUACAUGCUGGGUCAUCAGCUUCACCUACAAUGUCGUCAGUUGGAAACCAUCAAAGUAGUGGACAGCAAGGGGAACAUAACAGCAAUACAAGUUCAGUACCCGUAUUUCUAACGAGAAACAUCAUUGCUGCUUCUGCUCCAUCACAUCGUACCGGGCAGAAUGUGUCUACUGAGAUUCAGUCUGGUGUUUCUAGUGCUAUGACUGAGCAGGCUACCAACACUGUGGCUACUUCCACACCUGAGGAAAGUAGCUCAUUACCUGUCUUACCAUCUGAGAGGAGUAACUCGAGUGGUGAACGCGGUAAAGAACAUUGUGAAGAUACUACCGGUGAUACCAAUUUAACUAAGAAGGCUACUCCAGAAGUCGUGACCCCACUUGGAUUAGGGCUUGGGGGUUUAGACCGUAAGAAACGAAGCAAGCAGCUUAAGACAGUAGGUAAGAAUGAAGAUGGUGGGACUUCUGCUUCGGCUGAAGGUGUGCAACAGAGCAGUGGGACCAGUGGUCAACAGCUUUUGCAAUCUCUCUUUUCUGGUAGUUCACGCUCCAAUGAGACAGAUAUGAGACGUGGGGGAGGUUCAGAUGAUCGUGUAGAUGUCUCAAAUGCAAUGUCUCAAGUCAUGGAGAGCCCUGUUUUGGAUGGGUUGCUAGCAGGAGUAUCUCGACAAGCUGGUGUUGAUUCACCAAAUAUGCUGAGAAAUAUGUUGCAGCAGUUUACCCAGAACCCACAGAUCAUGAACACAGUCCAGCAAAUUGCUCAACAAGUGGAUGGUCAAGAGAUAGAGAAUAUGAUGUCAAGCGGAGGUAAUAGCGAGGGAGGUGGCUUUGAUCUCUCUAGAAUGGUCCAGCAAAUGAUGCCUCUAGUCUCACGUGCUUUUAGCCAAGGAGGAGGACCAUCAUUUGCACCGGCAUUACAACAGGCUGAUGAUCACCAACCUUUACAGGCAAAUGUUCAACCCAUGAUGCAAAUGAUUGAGCACUCUGAUCCACCAGAAGAUGUCUUCCGUGCAAUGGUUGAAAAUGCUGCGAUGAGUCAAGAAGACCUUGCAGACGUGCUCUGCAGUGAUGAAGCUCUUGCUCAUGAAUACGCGGAGUUGCUAAGGCGUGAUUUGGAAGGCCGGGUACAAGAUAAGCAUGGGCCAUAAAGUUACUUGUCAAAAUUUGGCUCCACUCAGUUGUUGAGUUUAUUUGUUUAAAGAUUCUCUGUUUACUUGCUAAGAUCCUCCCACCCCUCACUUUGUAUGAAAAAUUAGGGUUUGGGAUAGUUUUCUAAGCUGGAGAUAAUCAACGGUAAUUUAUCUGGUCUCUGCAGGACCUAUUCAAUUUGAUAUUUCCCAUCAUUGAACACUUUAGUUGUGCUCCAUAACUGGCAAUUGUGUCUAACUUUCUACACUGUUCACUAUUCAAGAUUUGAUUAGCUGCAAGGGUGUUAAAAAGGG